CGAGAAUUGGUUGUCAAAUGGACUUCCGUGCGGACUUCCGUACAGCCUACACCAGCCGUACACCUACUCCGCAGUUCAAACAAUUGAUCCUGCUCAGUUUUUUCAUGGCCCCUUCCUCCAGUACCUUUGGUACAACGGCCAACUUUCAACAAUCUACUGAUUCUCAGCCCCCUGAGACACGCGGAGAGGCGUUCAACUCUAUUCACUUCGGUAACGUGCCAACCCUCGACUUUCCCAGUCCUGCCAUUCCCGCGCACUCGCCGUCAGCGUCGUCUAUUCCACCCCAACUCCGAGCACCCCGUUCUGUUGCGCCUCUGGAGCCAUCUGUUAGCCCUGUUGCUAUCUUGAGGAAUACGACCCAACCUCGAAUCGGUGGUAGCUUUCUUCGGCGUUUAGACGCAACCGAUGGCCUGUCCGUCAACGAAGAACGCCUUGCACAUGCUCAACAGACUCGGAUCGAAUCACGCCAUUCAACUCGACUGGAUCCUUUACGCCCAGUGCGAUCGACCUCUUCACCUCUGUCUAUCAGUGUGCUUGUCCUUCCUGCCCCGAUUUCUGGAGACAGCUAUUUUCCCGUCCACGCUCGUCGAUGCCAAUAUCGUGGUGUGCGUGGUGAUGUCUUUAUUCGCCUCCUCGAAUCCCUUCAUCGGCACAACUUGCUGUUUCAUCUCGAUCUCAGUCCGCAAGCUACGAUACAGCAGUUUACUCUCACCAUACUGUCAAGAAUGAAAGCCAAUCGCUUGGCCUUUCCCACCAAUCCGACGCCCCAGUCAAGUUCUCCUCAUGCCCCUCCUUUUGUGUUCGUACGUCCUUCAUCGGGUCGCCAAGUUCAGUCUGCACUGGGACGAUAUAAAGUACAAAAUAUCGACCAGCAACAACCCCUUCUUCGCCAACUCAUCAAGCUGUAUGCGGGUUGGAAAGACACUCGCGAUCUAUUUUGUGACCGCCUUGCUGUAUUUAUUGCGCCGGCAUUCGGUUCCAUCAUCGGUCCCCUUUCCCCUCUUCAGGACGAAUAUCAUCGUUGCUUUGCGUCAUUUGUUUUCUACCUUUCGUAA